AUGUCGACUCCGAUGCGCCACGGCCCUUCCCAGCAGGGUCGUACGCCCUCCCAACACCCUGUCGCAGCUCCUACGCCUCAAGCAUCAACGCCCUUCUCGAACUCCCAAAACGCCGCAGUUUUUUCUCCUCACGGGCCUAAGUCGUCACCGCAGCAGUUUAAGAAAUCUCCGGCGACUGGGACCUCGGGUACUAUGAUCGGUACUGCUAGUUCAACAGCAAACUUCGAUAGUCCAUCCGCUGCUGCUGCUUAUAACACUUUAGGAAUGGCCAUAAACGAUCUCAACUUAGAUAAUAUCAGCGUUGGAGGAUUAGUUGCUGCCGCGGGACGGACAGAUGAAGAGGAUCGAAAAAAGAGAAUGGAGGCUGUCAUUGCGGCCCUUUGGGCUCAGAACAGCAGCAGAGUGAGCAAUCAGGGACUAGAGAGGUUGGCUAUUCACCUUAAUCUCGAGUGUUUAUGGGAGGAUAUGAAAGGUGCCGGCGAGAAUGCCAAGACUCUGAUCAUAGCAGGACAGACAGUGGCUGUCGAAGUCGGUAUUACUAAUCACAUCGUACAUCAGGCCGCUUUGGCGUAUACAGAUUCUAUACCAAGCGUUGACAAGCACGUUGACAAGGCAUCGGCUAUCCUUCUAAAAGAUCUCUCGCUCGCUCCCGGUCAGAGUCCCUUGACCAAGAGACUUACACAAUUCAGAGCAAAUCUUGAACGUCUAGCUAACUUAGAUAAGUUAAGUGUCUCUCCAGGUCUUAACUGCCACGAGGCUAUAGCAGGCAUCUGGGAGAGCUUAGAGAGACUUCACCGAUGGGAUGUACAGAAGCUUCGUGAGAAUCCAUCACUGAGUGAUAUAUCCGAUGAAAACCUAAGAGUCUAUGCUCUUUGCCUUCGCCAUGGAUGUCCCCUCAUGCAUACUCGGGGUCGGAUCGGUUUAAGCCUCGACUACUGGAAAGAGAGGAGAAAGCUCAAGUCUACAACAGUAGAUAGCGAAGACGCCCAAACGUGGGGGAUUUUGAUCGAGUGUGCAGCUUCCAAUAGUAUGGUCUAUAACAGCCCGAUACGGGUGUCUGACAAAUGGAUUGGAGAUAGAAUUGAGAAAUCCAACCUCACGGAUGAGGAAAUGAUUUCAGCUACUGGACCAGUUUUGGAUUGGGUAGAGCCGCCUAACACCCUUUUACCGCCCUCAGAGGAGUCAAAAGAACAUGGGCUUGAAGGUACUGUAGGCCUAUCCGGUCCUAAGCCACCUGAUGUCGUAUUUAUGGCGACCUUUGACCCACCGGUGGUAGUCUCGCAUGCUGUCGCAUUAGAGAUUUAUAAGAUUUCGGCAACCAAUGCACCCCUAUCAAACAUUACAUUUGACGCAUUGAUAUUUCCUAUCGUUAACGGCAGCUCCUACGACCCUAGCGAGCCGCGCGAGGUGGUAUUCACACAGACAGUCCCCACCUUUAUCAACAAUAUCCAUGGCGAGUCUCAGCUAGAGCCCGUUUUAAAAGCGCACCGUAACACAUUAUUCAUAUAUAAGCCAGUCUACGGGCAAGUCCUCAGCCAAAUUCCGUUUUCGCAUCCGAAGGAUCUUGUCAUGCUGCUCCCCGUGCUCCGCCAAUAUUCCUUCCUCUCUCUCCUCUUAGCCAACAGCUUUAAAACCAAGGGUGACAAGCCCACUGCGAAAGAAGCAGACGAAGACAACGACGCUCGCUUAUCGCGUACCAAACAUAACGAGUUCGACGACUUCAUGGCGCGACCUGAUGCAAAGAGCUCCGUUGAUAAGGCCCUCAAGGUAGAUAUUACGCUUACGGCCCACCCCAUUCCCCGCAUCGCGCUCGUGUUCCCGUUUAAAGCGCACACGGCCCACAUCAAUAUGGAGAUCCAGCUCGGAGGCCGUGUACACAUCAUUACGGACAAUAUCUUCAACGGUGACAUGGGACAUAUCGGGGGAGAUAUCGGUAAUAGGAAGAGGAUGAAGAGCGAUUGGGAGCAUGCGCUGGAGACGAUGGAGGACUUGGGGGCGUGGAUUGAGGUUAUUAAACAUACGCUUGAGUAA